AUGACACGAGCCGCUGCUCCACCGAUACUCUUGCAGCUGCGCAGCUCGGAGUCCGUCUCCGAGCAGGUGGUUUCCCUGCGGACUCUCAAGAAUGAGUUGAUCGGUCAUGAUCAGCGCAAGGAAGCCUAUGUGGCCGGAGGGAUCAUUCCUGCGCUGGCACAAGUGCUUGCACUGCGUCGGCCGGGGAAAGCUGCAGCUGCAGAGUCAAACGGAUCCGCAAUAAGCCAGGCUAGAUCUUACCAAUCUUCAGAAGAAUCUGAGGCCUGUCUCCAGGCAAUUCUCAUUGUUGGAAGUUUGGCACAAGGUGGCCCAACCUUCCUUGCUCCAAUCUUCGCCAGCGACAUUAUUCCAACUCUCCUAACUAUCCUAUCUUCUCCGGAUUGCCCGUCGACCUUCUCUCUUCCGAUUCUUCGACUCCUGAACACAAUUGCUGACAGAUUGCCCUUGCAGAGUCAAGAGCAAUGGCCUCGAGACACCCGCCUGGCAGACAUGGUCUUGUCGCCGGAGAACAUCGGCGCUUUGAGACGGAUUGUGGCCCAAGAGUACAGCACUACGCGCAGCCAGACCUGCAUUGAACUAGCAGCUUCCUUGAUUGGGAAGUUAUGCACGGAAGAGAUUCAUAAGACGGAUUUGGCGGAAUGUGGGGUACUGGAUGCUCUAGCUGUCAAAAUUGCCUCCUUCGUCGUGGCCCAAGGCUUCGUUCUACCUGGCGCCGAGGAUCAUCUGCAGGAGCCGGGUGCAUUGGGGGAUAUCCCACCACCUGCCCCAGCAUCUGCGCGGCUAGCACCCAUUCUUCGUGCCGUGACGGUGAUUAUUGAACAGUCCAAGUGGAGAGCUGAGCAUUUCCUCUCCUCUCCAGGAAUUGUGACCGUUUUCCCGAAACAGGUCCCUGGGUUUGCUUCCGUUGAUAUCAAGAAAGGCCCCUGGGGGUCUACCUACUUCUCGGGAUCUGCAGUGCCGCGCCACCACGGUGGAAACCCAGUCGAUAGCCUGCUACCCUCGGUGCCUCUUGCGCACGUCAAAUCAUCCCCCAGCUCGGCCAACUUUCCACCUCUUGGCAACGCAGGCUCACAACGCCGUAGCAGCCACUCUUUCCCAACACCGUUUUCGCUGGCCGAAACACCUGCUCCGGAAGAAGAUGAAAACUCGAUUGUGCCAUGGCUGCUGUGCAUUAUUCGCUCGGAAGGUGGCAUGGUGCGACUGAUGGCUGCUCGUCUGGUGACAGUCCUCUUCCGCCUGGGACUCGCGAAAAAGCACCGUGUUCCUAUGUUCAGUUACCUGCUCGUUCCAAUCCUCAUUCGGAUGCUGGACAAGGACUUUCAAUUGCCGCAAGAGAACGGUACCAGUGAAGAUGGGCUUAUCACGGCGACUCAGCACUUGAAGGAGGAGGCCCCGGCUGUGCUCGCCAACUUGGUGAUGGAUGACCAAGAGCUACAGAGGCAUGCGGUGGAAGGAAGUGCGCUCAAGCGACUAUCGCAACUUCUCAAGGAGACCUACAAUCCGGUUCCAGAAAGCUCCCGGCCGAUGUGGUACCCGGAGGGAGACAGCCCAGCCCUUGAUCCUGAGUCAAUGGCGCCUGAGUGCCGGCUCGGACCACCUGGGUACUCUCCCAUAUUGUGCCAUGUUAUGCGAUACCGUGAAAGUAUUCUGAAGGCCCUGGCGGCCCUGGUGCCGUUCAAAGAUGAAUAUCGCAAAGCGGUCUGUGAGAACGGUGUGGUUCCUUACAUCAUUGACUCCCUCAAGCCACGACCAAGUGAUGCACCGGCUGAUGCCGUGUUGAUGCCCAAGAACACAGCUGCCGACGGUAAUCCAACUCCGACACUCUUGGCUGCCUGUGGCGCAGCUCGGAUGUUGACGCGAUCGGUUAGCGUCUUGAGGACCAGUCUCAUUGAUGCUGGAGUCGCUCAGCCGCUGUUCGUACUGAUUCGGCACCACGACCUUGAAGUGCAGAUUGCGGCUACGGCAGCGAUUUGUAACUUGGCGUUGGAUUUCAGUCCCAUGAAAGAGGCAAUCAUCUCAGCCGACAUCAUUCCAACGCUGUGCGAGCAUGCUCAGUCAUCCAACACCAAGCUGAGAAUUGAAUCAUUAUGGGCGCUCAAGCAUGUUGUUUACAACACACCAAACGACAUCAAAAUGAAAGUCGUCGAGGCACUGGGUCCCUCGUGGAUCCGCCAGGUCAUCACCCAAGACCCAGUCAUCGCCUUGACCAGACGUGGAAUGGAAGAUGAAGCAGACCAAGCCUCGGGAAUUGCCAUGGGUCGGGUCAAUUCUGCUGGCGAACAGGUUGACAUCCUCAACCCCAUGGAGGACGUCGGUGAGCCGUCAGAAGAUUUCAAAAUGACCGAUACCAUGCCACCAUCGAAGAUGAGCCUGGACAUGUUCCUCCCAGACGCAAGGCGUCGACGUAGAUUAGUUCUACAUGGCAACUUGGAACAGUCCACCCAGUCUCGCCAAGACGACAUCGCCGUCCAAGAACAGACCUUCGACUUGUUGCGCAACAUCAUUUGCGGCGGGGGCGCAAACGAGAUGAUCGACUAUCUCUUCAAGGAACUUGGAGAAACCGAGCUACUGGAUGCGCUAGCCAACAAACUGCGCCCGCGCACAAUCCAACUCCAGCACCGCCGCGAAUCUCCCACUCUGUCUCUGAGCGUGCCCAAUGAGAUCCUGAUCUCGGCCAGUGCAAUGAUCAUCCACAUAGCCGCAGGUCUUCCGCGGCACCGAGCAGUACUCAUGUCCCACGAUAAUUUACUGCGAUCGCUCACGAACUACUUCAAUCACUCCCACCGGGAUGUGCGAGCCAACUGCGUCUGGGUGGUGAUUAACCUGAUCUACGAAGAGGACCAGAGCGACCACGAGGGAUGCCGGGCACGAGCCUCGAGACUCAAAACACUCGGGGUCACUGACAAGUUGGCUAGUCUCCAAGAUGACUCGGAUCUGGAUAUCAAGGAGCGCACCAAGACGGCAGUGCAUCUGCUGAACUCGCUGUUGGCGCCAUAG